UUUCCCAUGAGGCAUUGCGCAAUCGCGCUCACGUCGGUACGGGGGAAGGGAAGCUGAGAUUGGAGGAGAGCGACAAGAAGUGUGUUUUUCGACCGCCCAAAGUCCAAACCCUGAUGGCACGUCGAAGACCCAUCUCGCUCAUGACCAGUCGCCUGGGCCCACCUGACUCCGUACUCCUGCUCAUCCAAGUCAAGGUGUAGUGAGGAACACCGGUGGGAUCAGAGAAUUUGUGUAAUUUGUGUGACUAACCCUCGUCUCUGAGAUCUGCUCCUGGACCUGCGCCGGUCUUCUGCUGCUUUCACACGUAACGGCAGCGUCUCAGCGAUGAGCUCUAAGUAAAAACUACAAUUCUGACACAUCUCUCACUCGGAGGCAGCAUGAGUGAGGACUCGGGAUGCAGGAUGACGAGAGGACAGUAGCUCAGGACUCGCACCAUGGAAGGAGACGUCGCAGUCCACACGGAGAGCUCGAAUGGUUUCGCACAGGAAUGGAAGCAGACUGAAGAUCUGACCGAUGGACAGUCCACACACACACUGAUGUGUAACGGCAUCAAGGAGAACGGCGGCAUCAACGGCAGCUCGUAUCUCAGAUCCGUCCCGAUUUCAGUGCUGAAGCAGAAUGGCCUUCUACAGUCACUGGCUGCAGGCGGAGAUCAAACAGAAGCAGAUGAGGUGGACUCGGAGCUGGAGCGUGCGCAGCAGGAAUGGGACGCCCUCGAGAGCAUCCAACCAGUUCCUGUAGAAGAUCUCGCUCCAUUGGCUCUGAUUUCUUUCAACGAGGCACUGCAACACUUUCAGACCACAGACCUCACCGAGCUGCUGAGGAACAUACAGCCGACCGUUCACAGGACAGGACUGGCCGUCGUCACACACUUCCUGUUUGGGCCGCCGCGCCUAUACAAGGAGCUGAUGGAGGAGAGAGACCUGGUGUUCGCCAUCGCACAGUGCUCUCUGGAUAACACCCAGCCGGUGCACAUGCGUGUGCUGCAGACAAUCUACCGCAAACUGACAUCUACGAAGGCAGACUGCCCUCGAUAUGGGCCGCACUGGGAGAACAUCGGCUUCCAGGGUACAGAUCCGGCUACAGAUCUGAGAGGAACCGGAUUUCUGGGUCUAAUGCACACACUUUAUCUGGUCAUGGAUCCAGAGACACUUCAGCUCGCUAGAGACAUUUACAAACUCUCUCAGCAUCCAGUACAGAAUUUUCCAUUCAGCGUGAUGUCCAUCAACAUGACGCGCAUCGUCCUGCACGCGCUCAGGGAGGAGGUUCUGACAAACGGUCGCUAUGUAACGCCACUCAGGGAGUGUAACCGGCGGCAGCAGGUGGUGGGGGUCCUGAACGAGUUUUACGUGGCGACGUUUCUGCACCUGUAUGAGGUGUGGAGGAGUCAGAGGAAGACCAUCUCUGACUCAGGAUACGUCCUCAAAGAUGUGGAGCUCUACGCUAAGAAGAACCCAAAGCAGCUUCUCAAACACCUGCACUGUUACCUGCAGGAGAGACGCAGUAGGAUUGGCCACCGCACAUCACCUGACCCGCUGUCACACGGCAACCGUUCCCUCGGCGACGGGGAAUCUCUCACACACAACUACAGAGGGAAGGAGGGGAAGAUGAACUUCACUGGUGUAUGUGAACUUCCACCUGAGAUGGAGGGAGAGGCCAGACUCAUCUAAGAGAGACAGGGGGGGGGGUGAUUGGAGUAAAAGAGAACAGUAGAGAUGGACUGAGAAAGCCAGACAGAGUAAAAGAGGGAUGAAGACAGAGUUAGACAGAUUUAGAGAGAAAGAGGGACACAGACAGACAGACAGACAGACAGACAGACAGAAAACUAGAGUGAGAGAGAUGGCAACAAGGGAUGGAUUAAGAAAGGGAAAGAGAGAGAGACUCUAGAUGUAUGUUUCAUGUGAUCUGAGUCUCUAUCACUCACAGAGGGAGACAGACACCGAGGGAGAGAGACGGAGGGAGAGAGACGGAGGGAGAGAGACGGAGGGAGAGAGACGGAGGGAUGGAGACAGACAGAGGGAUGGAGACAGACAGAGGGAUGGAGACA